CUCCAAGAUAUUCCAUGGGGACUGUACCAGAUCCUCUGAGAUCUGCCAAACUUUCCCUGCUCACAGCUUCUGAGGAGAAAGAUCACCUGGGAGACCUGCAGUCUGCUAAGCACCAGCCCGAACAACCAAGUCGAGAGACAGCCAGCAAUGGUUUUUCAUACACGGUGUCUGAUUCUGCUGGAGUUUGCUCGUUUGACCUAAAAUGCCCCGCAGCUGCUGAUGUUCAGACGUGUGAGAAACAUCACAGGGAUGAUGCUAGCUGGCAUGAGGCAUUUUCUCCUGGGUCCUUCAGCAAGGCUUCAGAGGGGCAUCCUGCAGGCGUAGAGUCUGCUAGUAACUCGCAGCCAAAAGCCUGUGAGGAACUGGCAGUGCAAGCCCUGACUGCAGAAAGAGCCCGUUCAACAGGGCACGAGCCGGUUAUGAUGCCAGCCCCCCAGAACUCCUGUCAGUUUGUUCAAAGCAGCCGAGCCAAAUCAAGCUCCCUGGCACAAACGGAUGACUCUGCAUUGAAACCUCAGGGGACUGAUGAUCAGCCAGCACUUGAGGUGUUAAACUAUUCUUCCCCAGGCAACCCUAUCAGGGAUAAUGAGUCCUUUAAUACUUCUCAGGCGAACAUUCUGCAAAGAGGGGGAGAAGAAAAGGGAGCAGAAAAACCUGGUCCUGCUGCGUGUCAGUCAGCCUCUCCAGAGAGGGGCACUGAAGAUGACCUGAGGAGAGGUCCACAGGUUGGUUUGGAGGCAGAAAGCAGGGCUGCAAACACCGUGCACUCAUGUCCCGCUGAUCAAAGUGCAGUAGUUCAGAGCAGCAAGUCACCAGCUCAGUUCAGACAUGAGAGUACGCAGCCAGUAUGCAAUGCAGACGUGGAGACAGUGAGUUCAGGCGUGAUCCAGCUCUCCAAGUUCAGAGAAACAGGUACAAUGACAGUUCAGGCUGAGAACAGAUCUUUAACUCAGGAAGCAGGAAACAGGACCUGGAGGGAUGCCGAGGUUCAGGCCGUGGCCAGCGUGGAGAGCAAAUCAGCUUCCACGAGCCCCAGUAUCCUUGCCGCCUUCUUAAAAGGGAAUCCUCCGUUAGAGGAAAAGGAGGAACUGCACAUCAUUUAUCAAGGCAGUGGGGGGCUGAGCCAAUCUGAACUUAUUGACAGUUUCUCCUCACACCAAAAGUCCCCAUGUUCUUCUGGUAUCAUGCCAAAAUCGACUGUUCUUACAGCUGUGACUGAUACAGCCCAAACCCAGGCUGUCAAAUUGCAAAAAUACUCUGGAGACCAAUCUGACAUGGUCUCUCCAGCAUCAGCAGAUCACACAACACUUACUCGGCCGUGCCCUCUUGCAGCCAUUACCUCCCAAGGGACAUCUGCAGUUAGUGCCCAAAUGAUCUGUGCAGCCAGAGACAGCCGGGAGGCUACUCUGGUGCCCUUGGACACUCCAGUCCUGCCAAAGGCAGUGCCCGUCGACCAGCUCGCAGUUAAUGCCGGUAAUCAAACUCCAUCACAGUCUGGUUGUGGUGGACCGAACACUAUUUCAGCUGCAGUUGUCCCAGAAAUCAAGAGCAAUGUGCAACAACUUGUCCAGGAUGCAGGAAGCAGCCAGUUACCUUUACCCUGUAAUACAGACAGAGAAAUCAAGCAGAAAGAGGUCCUGGACAGCUCUGAGCAAAGACUGGUACAGUGUAAGGGUGUGAAUGAAGUGAAGGCAAUUCCCAUUCAAUCUGGGGUCAAACCAAAGGAAGAAAACUUGAUGGUGCUUGAUCCUAAAGGAGUGAUGAAUGUUAGCAGUGAACCUGCUGCCAUCAGCGUAAAGGCAAGUUCAGCGGAUACAGGCGAAAAGGGGCAUGGCAGAGACCAAGGAGCGAUUAGCCAGGCUCUGAAGGCCAGCGGUCGGAGUCUGCAGGCAGGAUUGUCGUCAGAGUUGAGCGCAAGUUCUGCUCACGUCACCCCUCUCUCGGGGGCCUCAGCAGCUCCCCAGCAGCAAGGCCUUCAGGCAGAGGAGUCCAGACACGAGCUUGAUACAGCAGCUCUUCCUACUUCAGCUCAGGCUUUGCCAAAUCUUGGGGAAAACAAAAAGCAGCCCACUCCAGCCAUGGAGGCAAAAGUGCAGGUGAAGCAGUCCAAGCACGUCAGGGAUGUUGUGUGGGAUGAGCAAGGCAUGACGUGGGAGGUUUAUGGUGCUUCCCUCGAUCCAGAAUCCUUGGGAAUUGCGAUCCAAAACCACUUACAGAGACAAAUACGUGAACAUGAGAAACUGAUCCAGGCUCAAAACACUCAGAAUCGGAAAUCCAUUUCCUCUGAUACAUCUUCAAAUAAAAAACUGAAAGGGAGGCAGCAUAACGUAUUCCAGUCCAUGCUGCAGAAUUUUAGGCGUCCUAAUUGCUGUGUCCGACCUGCUCCUUCCUCUGUGUUAGACUGAAAUGGUUUGCAGGGAUGGAUAGAUGUCUGCAAUGGUAUAGAGACCCCCCACCCCGCCCUCAAGUCUUAAGUCCUGCUGUUCAGUUGUGUUAUUGGAAUUGUGUUGCAGCAACAGUGGAAAUUAUUACCCUUUUGUUUCCUGAGUAGUCACUCCAUCAUGCCUUUAUUAUUGCUACAGCUGGUGUAUUUCCACAUUAUGCCCCUACUCGUCUACUGUCAGGUGAAAAGCUAGGCACUUAGCGAAAGCACAAUUUUAAAUUGCCACCUUGCUGCAGGGAGAGCAGGGCUUUCUGAUAAGGCAUGAAGCAGAGAGAAGAUUAUCAGAAUUAUUAUCAGAAGUGAUUUUUAUGCAUCGCAAGGUCUUAUGCAAGGGGAUAGGCUGGGGGAAGCUGGAUAAGGUGAAACUAAGGUUAAGCAGUUGUCAACAGCUAAUGCUCUCCAACAGUAACAGAAGACAGCUUUCCAUACGUUUAAGUUACCCACACUGAGGCAAGUUUAUGGCAAGGCUAAGGACAUUGAUCACUUACCAGCCUCGCUACUGUUGAUACUGUGGGGUGCAGUUUUCAUUGGCAGCCUGAGAGAGCUGGGUCUUCCCCUCCUAUUGAAAUAUAGAACCAAGGAAGGAGUGAAGAACCAGGUUGAAGGAGUGUCCGCUUGGGAGAAGAAGCAAGUUAAGCAAAUGGAAUUUUGAUGGCUAGAACCAGAGGCGAGAGAGAGGUAAAUUCUGUGGGCUUUUUCCCCCCUGAGUCAGCCGCACUUAAGAUGUGUGGAGUGUUUAAGUAGGCAAUGUGGACAGAUAAGGUAAAACAUGAGAGAGCACUUAACUCGAUUCACCCGUGUCUGUCAGCACAGUGCUGUCACUUGCGCUGCAGUACUCUAGCCAAGUCUUUCAAAAGCAGCGAGUAGUUCUGGGUUCUCCGCCUGAGUCUGGGUUCUCCAGUGCUCUGAUUCUCCAACAACGCUGAACACCUCUCUUCUGUAAAUCACUUUUUAAAAACAUGGAUCUUCUUCUUUCUUUAGAGAUGCACACUGACAUUUUAAAGUAGAAAUAGGCUAUGCUGUGCAUCUGGGUCCGUUAGCCUACAUGUCUAGUGUGUGCGCUGCUCUGAUUUUUUCCAAGUCCUUGUCCAGAUCUGAUCUUUUUGGUAGUAUUUUGAUGCUUUUCUUGCUGCUUUUCAUAAACUUAAUACCAUUUAAUUAGCCUGUGCAUAUUUUAUAUUUUAUCUAAUGCUAUUUAUAUUAUAAAGCAUUAUAUUGUUAACUUGAAACAUUUAUUUUACAGAAAUACUGAAGUCUUGAGACAAUCUUUACUGUAUUUCUAAUGUUAGGGAAGUUACAGAAUCUGCUAAUAAAAGGUAGCUUAGUGACUAUUUCUCCAGAAGUGUGAUAUACAAUAAUGUCUCAAAAAUGUGUUUGUCACAUUUCUCAGAUGAAUAAUAUUUUUCCAAGCUGGGGAAUGUGUUUCCCACUGUUUUUUUUUUUUUAUUCUGACCAUUAGAGUCCAUGGGAGGUUGGGGAACUCCUGCAGUUUGUAGAAAAUUCAGUUUUCAAUCCUGCAGUGCAUUGAGGAUUUGGCUGUUGUAAUCCUGCAGAGGACUAGAGUUAAAUAGGAAUUAUUUUUAUUCCAUUAAAGAUUUUUCAUCAAUCAUGAUUUAUUUCUGUCUGUAGUACCACACAUCUAAUUUACUGUGCAGAUUAUCGUACAGGUUUACUCAGUGUAAAUGAUUUUUUUUUUUUUUCUGAGAAGCAGCCCUGAGGUGAUGCCUUUUUUUUCAGGGGACCAACGUUUGUGAGUAUAUCAACUGUCAGGCCUUCAAAGCAGCUAUUUGGGGACAAUUUUUUCCCUAACAGGGAGGUAAAAUACUGUAAAGUUUCUGUAAGGUACAAUAUUUUAACCUAGUCCAGUGAAAGCUGUUGCCUCUAGGCAUGGUACUGAAUUGACUCCUAAUUUUCCUCUGGCAUAUCUGUUGGAUUUUUAUGGCACGUCCUUAUUCUGCUUCUGUACAUUAUUUUAAGUCAUCUCCCAUCUGAUGCUGAAUUGCUGAAUCUGAAAUACCACAUUAGGGAGUGUCUUCUCACAUAUGCCUACUGAGAGGAAAGUUUCAUCUCUUUUGUUAUUACUGUUUCCAUCACCUUCCUAGCAGUUUCUGAGAUGUAAAUUUCAUGUGAAGUUUUGUGGGGGAUUAAUGUUGACAGCAUCGUUAGGUAAGGUUAGUUGACGAGUUUGGUGUCUCUUACCAUGUUGUGUUUGUGUCAGCCCUGUAAAGGUUCCCAAAGUUUUCCAUGGUGUUUGCUGUUUCCUGUCCAGGUCCAAGGCUUUGCACUGCUCCUUCUUGUGCCUUCACCUCCGAUCUGUCCUCUCCCUCUUUAGCUGCUGCCCAGCCCAUAUCCCUGUGAAAGUGUCCCAUGAACAAGCUCACACCCCCUCUCUGUCUCCUCCAUAUUAUAGCAUUGUGAUCUAGCUUACUCUGAACUGUCCCUUUACAAAUGUGUUCAGUCUGAAUAUAUAAAUGGAUUGUCAUAUUUUUCCAGAGGAGAAUAAAUGGCUAUCGCGUAUUCACCGAUUUCCAUGAACUUUAUCCUUUAGCUGAAGCUCUCCAAAAUAUUUCUAAAAUCUGUGUAUGAGUUGCUUUAUUGAGACCAAACUUCGCUUGGCAUUUAUUAGCAGUGGAUGAGCAGUGUGCUGCACCAACACUGGAACUAACUCUUCUUCAUGAGGAAUCAGAGAUCUCUCCUGGUACCCUGCAGCUGCUUCUAGCUGUGAGUCUUCACCAGCCUUGUCCACCCUCACUCCCCCUGCCCCAAAUAACCUUUCUUCCAGGGAAAUGUCACCAAUACAUACAGCAAAAUGCUGAUGGGUAGAUGUCAUACCAAGUGGAUGCAUCUAAACAACUACGUGGGCAUAGCUGGAGAAACUAUAAUGUUCAGCAGAGCAUCGUGCUUUUGUGUUCUGUGAGAAAAAUCGGUUGAAAGACAAACUGAAAUAUGUCAGUGACGCUGUCUCGUGGGCACAAAACUCCAGCAGACGUUUGCAUCCAAGCAAUAAUGUGCCAAAAACAAAUGCAUAAAAAUGAGUCAAUAAUCACCAGCACAUCUCAUGUAAAAUAUUUUAGGUUUUCACUUUGUCCUAGUAGAGCAGAAUGUAGGCAAUGUGAUAAUUUAACCCCAGGUUAUGUUUUCUCCUGCAUACAAUGUCCAGAUGACCGCAUGAAUCCUUGUAAGGAUGAUGCAUGUUUCACCAGCAACAAAACAGAACUGUAUUUUGGGUGAUGAUAAGCAAAUAAUACGCUUGUAUAAAUGGUCCUAUACCAGCCAAGAAGGAGUAUUGUUGGUGUUACAUCAGUGUCAAAAACAAAAGCGUGCUUGGAGUGGCGGUAAGGCAGAGGGUAGGGGAAGAUGAUCUGUGUGCCUUCUCGCCGCUCUCUCACUGCCCUGUGAUCAGAAUCACACUGCAUUGGUCGAGCGGUUAACAAGCACGGAAAUUCAUUUGGCGUAAUAAAAAGAUGCCUCAAAGCAGAAAGAACUGCUUUGUCAUUCCCAAAAGUAAAUCUGUAUGGGGAAAAAAAAUCUAGGUUGCAGCCUAGCCUUGUGAAGUAACUCUUAAUUUCAGUUUGCUGCAAGAUGGGAAAAUUGCAGAAACAAGCUAAAGGUCAGGAAACUGUUGUCUGUUGGCAUAUCUUCUGGGAAGGCUGACACGGCCAGAAUCAUUGUAGGAGUUUUUAAUAAAUGCGGUGAAUGAAAGUGGAAGGGUUGCUUCUAAUUUCACUUCAGGAGCUUUUUACUAGUAAAGACAAAAGCAAAUCUAUUUCGAUGUUGCCCAUCAUCGAUGCAGGCAGUUUGCAGGAUAGCCCCUGAUUUUGUGUGAGGCUGCGAAGUGCAGAACUGUCUGGGUGUGCUUGUUUGGUGUCUGCCAGCUUUGCCUUGUCUUGGGCACCAGUGGUGAAAUGAAGUCCUGUCUCACUUCUGCUGACUUGUUUUGGAAAAAGCAUGAGGGGCAAAGCUGGAGGGGCACGGAGGAAGGGAAUGUCUGUCUCACCCUUUCAGAGCAAGAAACCAUGCCUUUGAGCAUAGAAGAAGGAAUUGCUGAGAAGACUAGGGAGGGACUAAAAGAAAAGCAAAACUGAGGUGAUGUAGGUGCUGCACUAGGAAUUCCCAUUCUUAUGGGAAGCCACUGUUUUGCUUGAUUUUUGCAAUGCUCACCAUUUGUUCAUUCUGAGCUCACAGAAUUUUCAUUUUCCUGCUGUUUUACAGCCUUUAGGAAAAAGGACAUUUCCAAAGGUUGUAUAUUUUGUUAAUGUGCAGAUAUAUGCAAAUAUGAAUCAGCAAAACUGACCGAAUAAGCUAACUGGUAACACAAGUAAGUGAACAAUAUCUGUUUAUUACCUUUACUAUUACAUAAGGGCUUGUAAAAUGAACGUUUUGGAGAAGAAUAUUCAAGGGAUUCAGAAAAAGUGAAUAUAUGCUCUAAAGAUAACAGGCGCAUUUAUCUUGAAUUCCGUUACUGUUUCUGAGUUUUUAAGUUAGUGGAAAUCCAAAAGAAGAUAAGGAUAUGUUUUAAAGCCUGUUGAAAUUGAUGGAAAAUUCCUUUUGGCUUCCACUGGUCUUCAGUGUGGAAAUAACAGUAGAAACUGCCGUAUCAGUGUUCCGUUGCUUCGCUUAGGAAAUGCAAGGUUUGUCUGAAAGUACAAAUAUUAUUAGCUUAUUAGGUUGAUUCUCCAUUGAUUUAUUCCUGGCCUACCCCUUCACACCUUUUGAAAAUCAAUGCCAAAAAUUACUAAGGCAAAGUAAGCGUUUCACACCUGCCUUCUGGAAAUGACUGCCGUGAGUGAGAUACAGCUGUUAAUCAAGCUCCUUGAUCUAUAGUGAUAUUGCUGUUUCAGUGUUUCAUUUCUGUUAUUUAGAAAGCUAAGAGCUAAGGUCUGAAGGACUCCUCCUUUUUCUUUCUGUUUUUUUUAGCGUCUCAGCUUCUGCUCAUUGACUUUUUUGGUGACUGUGAUGCCUGUAUCAGUUAUCAAUGCUUUCUAAGUCCAUCCCCAGCCAGGUAUGUAAGUAGAUCCCUAUUUAAAUGCUGCACACUAGCAAAUGUCUCUGGAGUCAGUGGAUGCUGCAGUGGUCCGUGGGUCUGAAGAUCAGAUCCUGUAUAUUGAAGUGGCUGAAAUGUUCUUUUAGGUGCCCACGUUUAAUUACCACCUGAGCCUAUAUAGCUAUGUAAAAGAAAGAAUGAAGUAUUACAACUCAGUUAAUCCAAACUGAAAUGAACAUCAUCCAUUUUUUGAAAGUCUGAUAUGUAUUCUUUUGCCUGCUUUUGUGUUUUUCUGAGCAGUUCUUCCUUCUCAAGUAUUUGUAAAGUGGAUUUUGAAUCAAAUCGUAGCAAGGAAGAUUUUGCAUUGGAAAAUGUAUCUUUCAGCAUUCAGGCUGCUUUAAAGAAGAAACUGUUGUUUUUAUUGAGUCCAGCGACACAGGAACUAAUUUUGCCUCUAGCAGAAAGUUUGCUGUUGGUAAGUUUGAGCGUGUGUGCGCAUGUGUUUAAAGGGAGUGCACAGGUGUGCAGGACUCAUGCAUUGCUCAUGCUCUAGGUUUUUCCCUUUGCUGUUGCUGAUUGAGCGCUAGAGGCUUCGUAUCUCCCACAAUUUUGGGGCAACAACAGGAAGUUCAGAUUGCUCUGCAAUAUAGAAACAAGGAUUUUCUCCUUAUCUGGUCUCUAAAAAAUUCCCAGAACCCUAGCCAAAAAAAAAUAGCUGGCCAACCUCUGUGUCCAGACUGUCAACAGAAAGUGUGGCGGUUGAGUCUACAGAAAUGCACGCUAGCUCCAAAGCUCUGUGGAAAUCCACAGUUGUACAUAUGAACUGGUUUCUCCCCAAAGACUAUGGGUUAUAGCAAGCAUCAGAGCUCAUGAGGAAUGAUACACAUGGACUGAGUCCAUUUUGAAAUAUUAGACCUUAAGUUUUUGUCUGCUUAGAGUGACCAUCCAUUGAAUAGAAAUACAUGACAAAACUCUGUCGUCAAAGUCUUCAGCAGCCAUUUGCUUAAGAAUAUUAGGCAGUGUCUAUUAGAUACAUCAUAGAGGCUCGGCUACAACAGCUGACACUUGUAUUAAAGGGUUCUCCUGAUAACACUUCCCUCAACUCAGUUCAUAGUGAACAGUUUUAAGUCAAACCCAAGUUUAGGCACUGCCAUGGGGAAUUCAGUACCUGGAAGAGAAAGGUCUGAGCAGCACACUAGAAGUGAGGUGGGUUUGUACUCAGAGUUAUAUAGAGAGAUGGUAGGUGAACUUUGAAUUCCUGGUCAUUGCAAACCCCAUGAAAAUGAUGGCCACAAAUCAGGCAGCAGCAGCAGAAAACCAGUUUCGAGGCUUCUAAUGACAACUAAUAUUAUCAUGGCUUUAUUAUUUUUAUAGUUACACUGACUGAAUGUGAUGUACUGUACAAAGUAAAGCUAAUUUUAGGCUUCCAGUGAACUGUAGCAUUCAUUUGAGACAUAUCACUAGAACUUUGCAUGUGAAGAAGUCUUAACGAUGGUACUAAAGCGAUGUUACUGACCUGGUCAAGUCCCUUAGGAAUUUAAUGUUUUGCUGUUUUACAUCUUCUGGUUUCCAUGAUGAGUACAAUAAAAAUGAACACUGUCUUAA